UCCGAACUGACAGUUUGGCGCAGUUUGAAGGAAUCGUGAAAUUUUUAUGGAUGAUCGGAAUGUUUAGACCGCUCGGGACGUUUUCAUUAUCGAAACAUACGUUGGAUUUACUUACAAAGAAUGGAUUCACUUACUUGGAGGAUAUCCAGAAAGCUCCAGAAGCUGCGAGGCGGUUCGUGGAUGUGGAUGAAUUGAUGAAAACUUGUACCCCUUCAACCACUCUAUCAGCCCUGGAUCAUUGGCAGGCAGAACUGCUCUGUCAGCGGGUCACAACAUUCAGUAAAGCAUUGGAUGCACUCUUGGAUGGUGGGUUUCCCUGCGGAAGUAUUACAGAGCUUUGUGGUGCACCGGGGACAGGAAAGACACAGAUUUGCUUCCAACUGUGUAUAACAACUCAGUUGUGCCAAGAAAAGGACGGUCUAGAUGGUAGAGUCCUCUUCAUCGACACCAGGAACGGAUUUUCCAGUCGUCGCCUCCAGGAAUUGAUUGAAGGAUGCCAACACGAUUUUCCCGACUUAAAUGGUAAACUGAAAGAUUUUCUAGAAGGCGUUACGAUAGUUUCCAUACGCACAGCACAAGAGUUAUAUUCGACAAUUGGAAACAUGCGGGAAUAUUUAGAGGACAACAAUCGUCAUCGAGUCAUUAUAAUUGACAGUCUGUCUCUUCCUGUAUUAUGCACGAUAGAAGAUACUGUUUUGAGGUAUAAGUUCUACUUCAAAAUUUUCGACGAACUGCAGAAAGUAGCUUCGGAGUAUAACAUCGCGGUAGUAAUUGUUAAUGAAUUGACCACUCAAGUGGAUUCAAAGGGGAACAUCGGGUUUGCUAGUGGUGGUGGACAGGCGGUGGCUCAUAGAUGCCAGAGGAGACUGAUGUUGGCUCGUCUCAAUGAUACGACAUUCGCAGCGAAAAUUCUGAAGUCCCCCAUUUUGUCACAAACCUCAAAAACUUUUCAGGUAACUGCAAAUGGAAUCAGGAAUUGAUUAAAAUAUGAAGAAAAACUACGAAAAUAGUAAAAGUUUAUUUUUUUUCAAAUUGAAGGUCGUCAGAGACGUCAAAACAAAUUGAAUGUGAUAAAAUAGUUUGUACCGAUGCAUAUAACUAUGAGGAUUAUGUAAAAAUAGACAAAUUUGGGUAC